UCUGUCAACAUUUCGCGUUCGCAUCUCAUAUAUCCAAUUCUUCAUGUAACCGCAUUGUGUUGAUGAAUGUACUCGACUGCUAUGCGGUUUUGUGCGAUUCUUGCUUUUCCAAGGCGGAACAGCUGAUAAGCCAGUUACUGCGGAGUUAGUCAGUGCUGAGAUAUCUUUCUCAUCAAAUCUGUAAUCUUUGUAGCAAAAAUUGAAAAUACUGAAACGCACGUUAUUUAUCCAAGAUGAAGAAGAAGGUACUGCUGAUGGGCAAAAGUGGCUCUGGAAAGACGAGCAUGCGUAGUAUUAUUUUUGCUAAUUAUAUCGCAAGAGAUACUCAUCGUCUAGGAGCAACAAUUGAUGUGGAACAUUCUCAUGUUCGUUUCCUUGGUAAUUUGGUGCUGAAUUUAUGGGAUUGUGGUGGCCAAGAAGCAUUUAUGGAAAAUUACUUUGCAUCGCAGCGUGAUAACAUAUUCAGGAAUGUGGAGGUAUUAAUUUACGUUUUUGAUGUGGAAUCAAGAGAAUUGGACAAAGAUAUGCACUAUUACCAAAGCUGCCUAGAAGCGAUACUACAGAAUAGUCCAGAAGCAAAAAUAUUUUGUCUUGUUCAUAAAAUGGAUCUUGUGCAAGAGGACCAACGUGAUUAUAUAUUCAGGGAGAGAGAGGAAGAUCUAAAAAGACUGAGUUUGCCUUUGGAAUGCACUUGUUUCAGAACUAGCAUAUGGGAUGAAACGUUAUACAGGGCGUGGUCGUCUAUUGUAUACAUGUUGAUACCUAAUGUAAAAGAACUAGAGCAAAGCUUGAAUCAGUUUGCCAAUAUUAUUGAUGCAGAUGAAGUUCUUCUAUUUGAAAGAGCGACCUUUUUGGUAAUAAGUCAUUGUCAACGACAAUUUCAUAGGGAUGUUCAUCGUUUUGAAAAAGUUUCCAAUAUAAUAAAGCAGUUUAAAUUGAGUUGUAGUAAAUUAGCGGCACAGUUUCAAAGCAUGGAAGUUAGAAAUACCAAUUUUGCAGCUUUUAUUGAUAUAUUUACCUCGAAUACAUAUGUAAUGGUCAUCAUGUCCGAUCCAACUAUACCAUCCGCGGCGACAUUAAUUAACAUACGCAACGCGCGAAAGCACUUCGAAAAAUUGGAACGCGCUAGUCAGAGCUCAGCAUUAAGCAGAUAGAAGUCGGCGCGACCCAGGCGCCUCGUCACCCGGGUCCAAUCUGUUAAUAACUGUUGAAUUUACGAAAAUCAGAGUUUUGCAUUGUGCCGUUAAGAUGAUGAAGUAUGUGAUGCCACGUGUCAAGAAAGUCGGAUGAUGAAAUAUACUUUAUAAUAUACAAUUUUCUUAAAUAUGAGCGUCUAUGACAAAGUAAGUAUAUAAUUGACAUGUCUGAAAGAGGCUGAUGCAGGAGCUGAUCGGUAUUUCAGAGGUUAUCGAUAUUUCAGAUCGUAAUAUAUUAUAAAAUGAGUUUAUCAUUUAUAUUAUAUAUAUGAAUAUGAUAUAAAUACGUCUGUAAUUUAUCAAUGUAGAACUUGUAUAUGCAAGAGUAUUUGUAUGCGCAAUUCUCCCUUUCGUCCCAUUUUAAAUCAUUUUUUUAUUUUUGACUUAAGAACUGAUGAUAAUUCGACUUGCAAUAACAUCCAACGAAUAUUAGUAAUAAAUGAAUCAUUAUAAUCAUA